AUGACGAAGAAUAAUCUCGCCGUGCACCUCAAAUGGCUACUGAAGCAAGGCCCGUCCCUGUACCCGACGUUGUCUGCCGAUAUUUUCCCGAUUGAACGCGGCAGUCGCGUCUCUCAACAACCUACUCCACCAUCUGACGAAACCGAGCUAUUGGACGACAUUUUGGAGCGUGCAGAUGAUGUGACAGACGAGAAUAUGGCAAGACUCAUGCUUGCCCCCUCUUCGGAGAGCAAGCCCCGACUGCUAAGUCGGGGCAACACACGGCCACCGAGUUCACCUGUCACUGUCAAAAAGCCGUCUUCGUUAACAAGUGUGAUUCAAGACUCGUUCCUUGAACCGCCGCAAUCAUCCUUCAAGAGUGUCCGACCGAGGGCCACUCCUCAACGAUCAGACCGUAAACCUGACAUGUCCCUGUUCGGUGCGAUCGAAUCCAUUGAUCUGACUGGAGAGCCUGAUCGAUUCUUCCCGUCGUCUUCAACCACCGAUCUUGGAGAACCGCGACGCCUUUGGACCGAGGAUGCUGCAUCGCGCCAAUGGCCCAAUGAGAAACGAGGAAAGAAACGGACAAGUGAUGAAUAUACGUCGGAUCUUCUGUCGCCUUCGAAACAUGCGACCAAAGUACGAACACCUUCGAAAGCAAGCAGACUCUCCAUUUCUGAAGACACUAUACCGGAGCUCUCUCAAAUAAUGAGUCGACCCAACAAGGUAAACCCCCCGAACAGAGCAAAACAUGACAAACCCGAGUCUCCUGAUCUUCCACGAAGCAACCGAAAAAGGAUUAUUGCGGAUUCCGAUGAAGAAGAUGUAUUCGACGACAGUUGGCUUCAUGAUGACGAUAUGAUCAUUGAUGCCAAUACAGGGUUGUAUCCAAAGCUUCCCCCACUGAGCCCAACAGAAAAAGGGAAGGAUGUGCUCGAGCCUGCUGCUGGCUGCCCAUCUCAGGUGCCAGCUUCCAGAAAUGUGUUGCCACCGCCAGCGCACAAAGAGAAGAAAUCGACAUACAAGCCAUCAAGACCCCCACAGCCUUCUCCGGAGCCAAAGAUGCCAAGUUCGCAAGCCAAGGAUGAAAAUAUUCUGAAGUUCACGUCUCUUCCCGCAGACUUCCUUGGAAAGGCGGUUUUGCGACUGAAGACGACCCUUCAGAAGAACGCUGAGAUUGUUUACGAACAGGCAAUGGAGGGUCGACCGGCACCGGAACUCAUUGCCGCAAACAAAGACCUUGUCGCUCAAAUACAGGCGAUUGAAUUAUUGCAAACGCAUAAGGGAUCACACAGCGAGUGUGUAGCUCGCAAGGAAAGCCUGAAGCGGGACGUUAUGUGCGUUAUAUCCCAAGGCCUAGAUCCAACAACUCUGCCGGAACUCGCACAAAGCCGAGUGGCUGAGGCGGAGCUGGAACAGAUAGAAUCCAAGAUACGCGAAAUUCUCCCCCGAGCCAAUAUCUUCGCUAUGGCAGCCGAGCUUGGAUUGGAUGAUCCAGGUGCACCAGCAAACAAUCUGAACCCGGAACCAAUGCGAGCCUCUUUACACAGACAACAAUCCGAAGACUGUGCCCCCGUGCGAGAAGUAUCACCACCUGUCUAUCGAAACCCCCAACCGUCUGAGGCAAAGGAAAACUCGUGGAUGCCUGACCAGAGCAGCCAGACCCGUCACAAAGAACCCUUUCUUUCGCGAAAUAUGGGUUCGCCUGUGAUGGACUUCGACGAAUUCGAUUGGAAUGCUAGCGACGAGGAGAUGCUGGAGGUGGCUGGAAGUUUUGACAAUGAACCCCAGGCUCCUGUUCGGGAGCAAACCCAGAGUCGCAAAGUCUUCGCAGAGACAUCAGGAAACACUCCUCGCAAGCCUAUGCCUGCUCCGAAGAAGUCACCUGGCCGCAGCACCUUCUGGUCCAACCAUGCAUGGUCUCAGGAGGUGAGAACUGUCCUCAAAGAUAGGUUUCAUCUGCGCGGCUUCCGCCCAAAUCAACUGGAGGCCAUUGACGCAACCCUUGGUGGGAAAGACACCUUCAUCCUGAUGCCGACUGGAGGUGGAAAGUCUUUGUGUUAUCAGCUUCCCUCUAUCGUGACAAGUGGCCGUACCCAUGGCGUGACACUUGUGGUAUCACCGCUAUUGAGCUUGAUGCAAGAUCAGGUGGACCAUCUGCGAAAGUUGAAUAUCAACGCCUUCUUGAUGAACGGAGACUCGGAUAAGGCUGAACGGUCGUGGAUUCUCGGUCAAUUGUCUAACGGAGACGGAGAAGGCCUGGAGCUGUUGUACAUCACACCUGAGAUGAUCAACAAGAACCAAACUUUGGUGAGGGCUCUCGAAAAACUUCACGGUCGAAACAAGCUCGCGCGACUGGUCAUUGACGAGGCACACUGUGUCAGCCAGUGGGGGCAUGACUUCCGGCCAGAUUACAAAGAACUGGGUGAAGUCCGAGCAAAGCUACCAGGUGUGCCCGUUAUGGCUCUGACUGCUACAGCUACAGAAAAUGUGAAAGUGGAUGUGAUACAUAAUCUAAAGAUGAGUGGAUGCGAGGUAUUCUUGCAAUCCUUCAACCGGCCGAACCUGACCUACGAGGUGCGGCCUAAAGGGAAGAACGAUGAAGUACUCGCCAGCAUCGCCGAGACGAUCAUAAAUUCUUACCGAAACCAGUGUGGGAUUGUUUACUGUCUGUCACGGAAGACAUGUGAGAAAGUUGCAGAAGAUCUUCGAAAAAAGUACAGACUCAAGGCCCAGCAUUACCACGCAGGAAUGAAGUCGGAUGAGAAGGCUAAGGUGCAAAAUCUCUGGCAAAAGGGCAGUUGCCAUGUUAUUGUCGCCACCAUUGCUUUUGGAAUGGGCAUCGAUAAGCCUGAUGUACGUUUCGUUAUUCAUCACAGCAUCCCAAAGAGUCUCGAAGGAUACUACCAGGAGACUGGACGCGCUGGCCGAGAUGGCAAACGUUCUGGCUGUUAUCUUUACUACGGUUACAAGGACGCAGCUACCCUCAAGCGUAUGAUUGACGAAGGCGAUGGCAAUUACGAGCAAAAAGCCCGCCAAAAACAUAUGCUUCGCAAUGUUGUCCAAUUUUGUGAAAAUCGCAGUGACUGCAGACGUGUGCAAGUUCUCGCCUAUUUCAAUGAAUACUUCCGUCGCGAGGACUGUGGUAAUUCCUGUGACAAUUGCAAGUCAGAUCUGGUUUUUGAAGUGCAUGACUUCUCACAGCAUGCUGCCUGGGUCAUUAAUAUUGUCCGGCAUUUCCAGAACCAACCGGGUGAAAAGGGCGAAAAGGGUGAAAAAGUGACUGUGCUCCACUGCGUGGAUAUCCUUCGUGGGGACUUGAAAAGGGCCAAGUCUGCCUCGCACAAGCAAUUACCAUGGUACGGAAAGGGGUCUGAUCUUGAUCGAAGGGAAGCAGAGCGACUUUUCUAUCGGCUAUUGGGAGAGGACGCCCUCGCGGAAGACAACGUCAUCAAUGGGAAGGACUUCGCAGUUCAGUAUAUCAAACUCGGCCGGCGUGCCACGGAAUUCGAAACCGGUCAGCGCCAGAUGAAAUUACAAGUGCGCGUGUCUCCCAAUGGCAAAGGCAAGGCAGUAGCACGGCCGACACAGAAGACAAAGUCCGGCAGCCAGGCUUACCCCCAAUCCACAAUGGUGUCGUCCCCUGUUCAGUCCGCUAAGGAUCGCCGCCAGGCACGAUCUCAGCAGCGGAGCAUGCGCGUCGACCACUCCUCGGACGACGAAGACAGCGAUGGCUUUGAGCGCAUUCGAGUGGCGGGUAGAUCGCGGAAUGAGAACACUCGUGAAGUGGGACCUCCCAUCACGGCUGAUCAAAAGAUGGAACGAUUGGACCAUCUCCACCGUGCUGUGGUAGAGGACUUCGAGGUAACAGCGAAGAGGUAUCUCCAAGAGAUCGUUGUAGAGAAAGGCCUUCGGUCCCAGCCGUUCCCUGAUCACAUCCUGCGGGAUAUGGCCAUUUCUUUCCCCAAGACUCCCUCGGAACUUUCUGCUAUUCCCGGCAUCGACCCAGACAAGGUUACACGAUAUGGUCGCCAGAUCUUAAGGCUGGUAGAUAAUGCAAGACGACGCUACCACGAAUUGAAGGAAGAGGCGGAGAGUAAUGGCAUUGUUCCGGAUCCCAACCAUCACAAUGUCAUCAAUCUCAGCAGCAGCGACGAGUACAGCGAUGACGACCUUUUUGUUGACCAGGAGACUAAUCUUGACCUGGACUACCCCAUUGAUAUCCCUGCCGAUAACAUCACCAGCCGCUAUUUCCCUCCCGCCCCAUCGCCCGGCUUUGAUCCUGAAGAUGAUUUUGAGUCUGGCCCAGCAGCGUCGAGCUCGAAGGGUCGCAAGCGCCCAUACACCAAGCGACCUCGACGAAAGAACGGCAGUUCCACAGGCACUUGGAAAGGGAAAGGCGCUCGACCAAAGGCCAAAACCGGCAGUGAACGCGCCCCCAGCAGGUCUUCUGCUGCACCUCGAAGGACCACCAAAUCCAAACCCCCUAAAUCCACGAUUGGAAUGAUGCCUGUGUAG